AUGUUAACCGCGGAACUGACACGACUUAACUCCGAAGGCGAAUUUGACUUUAGCGUGCAUUACUUUCACUCUUUCGUUCACACGAUCUGGGCCGAGGGUAAAAUCGCUAGCGCCCUGCAGCUUGCCUGCGGCGAGAUAAAUGCCCGUCUAGAGCAGUAUCAGGAACGUGGGUCGGGUUUCGCGCUCGUCGCCAUCCAACAAUGUAGCAUCACAGUUGGACGUUUCGUUCCACAGAGGGUCGGAUGUCAAAGUUUCACUUUGCCGAAGGAACUGGCAAACAAACAGUGUAUUUUGAAUGUGAACAAACGCAUGAAGGACUCCGAAAGAAAAAUGUGCUUCACCUUUUCCGUGCUUGCGGGGUUGCAUCCCACUCAACAUAAAACGAGAGCUUCCUCAUACAGGGACCAUCUGAGCAAAUAUUCGUUUCCUUUAAACUAUCCAGUGACGUUUCCAGAAGACGUAGAGACUUUCGAAAGAAAAAAUCGCGUGUCCAUCAACGUGUACGGUUACGAACGGGAAAAAAAGUUUGUCUAUCCUCUCAAAAUCAACGAUCACGAGUUGGAAAAGCAUGUAGAUUUGCUCUUGAUUGACGACCACUUUGUCCUCAUCACCAACUUCGCCGGGCUUUUCGAAAACAGGGCUAGCUACCGAUUCCGUUGUAAAAGAUGCAUGAUGGGUUUUCGUUUUCGGACUUCUCUAACCAGUCAUUUUGCCUUGUGUAAAGAAAAAAAGCCAGUCCGAACGGUCUCUCCUAAAAAAGGGGACGCGCUUUAUUUCCGUAACACUCACCUCAUGGAGCCUUUUCCAUACUUCUGUGUCUACGACUUUGAGGCCAUCUUGAAACCGGAAAACACGGAUCACGUUUACGAGAGUCACGUACCCAGCUCGUUUUGUAUUCUAGUGAUCCGUUCUACAGACUCACGAAUCAUGGAACGUUUCUUGUAUCGAGGCGAGGAUUGUGUCGAGCAGUUCAUUUCCAUCCUCAAUCAAAUGUCCAAACUCAUUCCCGAGUGGAUUAGGAGCGAUCUCACAACGGUCAAAAAGACACAGAGCUCCGGCAGUCACUGUGAUGUAUGUGGCGAGUCGUUCCACAAACGUAAAAGAAAGGGCAACGAUCAUUUUACCGGACCUUACAGGCUGUGCAAAGGCUGUAAUUUAAACGACAGGAAUAACAAAAAAGUCAUUGCCCUGGUUGCACACAACCACUCGUACGACCUUGCCUUUAUUUUACCGAAACUACAUCUAUUCGAGUCAAAAGAUAUCAAGGUUCUCGCCAGUAGUUGUCAACAGUUUAAGCGACUCGACGUGGGUAACCUACGGUUUCUCGACAGUCUAGCUUUCCUCCCCGCGAGCUUGGACGCACUUGUGCAGGACCUCCAUUCCAAAGGCUUGGAAACUUUUCGCUGCCUUCGUGAAGCGUUUCCUCAACAUAUUGAGUUGCUGGCUGGUUACGAUUACAUAACCGACUUCAGCGUCUACGAUGAGCCCGAGCUGCCACCACGUGAGUCGUUUUACAACAAGCUUAACGACGCUCACGUUUCUGAGAAGGAUUAUCACCAUGCCCAGGUCGUUUUUGACACGUUCAAGUUCAAAAACGUGGGAGAGAAAUGGACCCUGGAAACCUACGAGAUCGAUCCCUUGCAUUUCGUGUCGCUUCCUGCCCUCAGCUUGGCCUGUGCGCUUAAGCAAACAAAGGUCAAACUUGAGUUGCUCAACGACGUCGACGCAUAUCUUUUUAUCGAAUCGGGUUUACGAGGAGGAAUCGUGCAAUGUGCAAUUCGACAUGCGAGAGCUAACGUUCCAACCAGCGACUCGUUCGAUCCUAACAAAGAUGCUUCUCAAAUGUUCGACCUCGAUGCGAACGGUCUUUACGAUCAAACGAUGAGACAACCACUUCCGUACGGCAAUUUCCGAUGGCUCGAUCACGAAGAAAUCAAUGCCCUUCAGUUCGCUCAGGUUUCAGACGACUCACCCACUGGUUACAUCUUGGAGGUAGACCUAGACUAUCCAGAGGAACUACACGACUCGCAUGCAGACUUUCCUUUGGCCCCGGAAAAACGAGGGGUUCCUUUCGAAUGGCUUUCGUCUUAUCAAAAGGCGCUAGUGAAAAACUUUGGCCUACCCGAGAGAGAAUCUGAACGUAAGCUUCUUUUAACCCUAUUUCCCAAACGUAAUUACGAUAUUCAUUUCCGAAACCUAAAGUUGUACCUGCAGCUAGGGUUAAAACUGAAGAAGAUUCAUCGUGUCCUGCAGUUUUCCCAGCGGGCCUUUCUAAAAGAAUUUAUCGACUUCAAUCACGUUCUGCGCAAGCAGGCUACCAACACCUUUCAAAAGAAUCUGUCAAAGCUCUUUAUGAACUCGAUCUACGGAAAGACGAUUGAAAAUCCUCGCCAAUACAACGACAUUGUCAUUAGCGUUUCCGAGGAAGAAGUCGUAAAAAAUCUGCAAAAACCUAACCUUAGACAAUUUACAGCGAUCGGUCCGAACGUGGUCAUAUUUCAAUUUUCACAGAAAACUUUGCACCUGAACAAGCCCAUAUAUGCAGGUUUCUCUAUCCUAGAGAUGUCGAAGAUCGUCAUGUACGAUUUCUUCUAUAAUCAGAUCAGGAGAGUUUUCCCGGAUGCUCGCGCUGCAUAUAGCGACACGGACUCAUUUAUCCUCCAAAUCAGCGGUCGGGACGUUGACGAGAGGCUCGCAGAGCUUACCGAGAGCCACCUAGAUACUUCCGGUUACCCGUCCGACCACGCCUUGUAUUCGCUUCAAAACAAAAUGCGACUUGGAGUUUUCAAAAACGAGCUGCCGAAGGACCACAUUCUAGGAUUUGUCUGUCUUAAACCGAAACUCUCUGCACUCGAUCUAGAGUCUCAAGAACAUUGUGUGAGGGCUAAAGGAGUAAAAAGAUGCGAGUCGCGUAAGCUAACUUAA